ACAACUCCUACCACUACCCCAACAGCAUUUCCUACCACUACCCGAACAUCAAAACCUACCACUACCCCAACAUCUACUACAAAUACUUCAACAACUAAACCUACCACUACCCCAACAACAACUCCUACCACUACCCCAACAACAAAACCUACCACUACCUCAACAUCUACUACAACUACUUCAACAUCUAAACCUACCACUUCCCCAACAACAACUCCUACCACUACCCCAACAACAGCUCCUACCACUACCCCAACAUCAAUACCUACCACUACCCCAACAUCUACUACAACUACUUCAACAUCUAAACCUACCACUUCCCUAACAACAACUCCUACCACUACCCCAACAACAUUUCCUACCACUACCCCAACAUCUACUACAAAUACUUCAACAACUAAACCUACCACUACCCCAACAACAACUCCUACCACUACCCAAACAUCAAAACCUACCACUACCCCAACAUCUACUACAACUACUUCAACAACUAAAUCUAACACUACCCCAUCAACUACUGCAACGACUUCAACAACACCUACUACAAUUUCUUCAACAACUAAACCUACCUCUACCCCAACAACAACUACUGCAACUACCCCAACAACUAAACCUACCACAACCCCAACAACAACUCCUACCACUACCCCAACAUCAAAACCUUUUACUACCCCAACAACUACUGCAACUACUUCAACAACAACUACUACAGCUACUUCCACAACUAAACCUUCCACUACCCCAACAACAACUACUACAACUACCCCAACAUCAAAACCUACAACUACCCCAAUAGCAACUACAUCUACUUCAACAUCUAAACCUACCACUACUCCAACAACCCCUACUACAACUACCCCUACAACUAAACCUAACACUACCCCAACAAAAUAUCCUACCACUACCCCAACAACAUCUACUACCACUACCCCAACACCACCUACAACUACUCCAACAACAAAACCUACCACUACCUCAACAUCUACUACAACUACUUCAACAUCUAAACCUACCACUUCCCCAACAACAACUCCUACCACUACCCCAACAACAUUUCCUACCACUACCCGAACAUCAAAACCUACCACUACACCAACAUCUACUACAAAUACUUCAACAACUAAACCUACCACUACCCCAACAUCAAAACCUACCACUACCCAAACAUCUACUACAACUACUUCAACAACUAAACCUACCACUUCCCCAACAACAACUCCUACAACUACUUCAACAACUAAAUCUACCACUACCCAAACAUCAAAACCUACCACUACCCCAACAUCUACUACAACUACUUCAACAACUAAACCUACCACUACCCCAUCAACUACUGCAACGACUUCAACAACACCUACUACAAUUUCUUCAACAACUAAACCUACCUCUACCCCAACAACAACUACUGCAACUACCCCAACAACUAAACCUACCACAACCCCAACAACAACUCCUACCACUACCCCAACAUCAAAACCUUCUAUUACCCCAACAACUACUGCAACUACUUCAACAACAACUACUACAGCUACUUCCACAACAAAACCUUCCACUACCCCAACAACACCCACUACAACUACCCCAACAACUAAACCUACAACUACCCCAAUAGCAACUACAUCUACUUCAACAUCUAAACCUACCACUACCCCAACAACCCCUACUACAACUACCCCUACAACUAAACCUAACAAUACCCCAACAAAAUAUCCUACCACUACCCCAACAACAUCUACUACCACUACCCCAACACCACCUACAACUACUCCAACAACAAAACCUACCACUACCUCAGCAUCUACUACAACUACUUCAACAACUAAACAUACCACUACCCCAACAUCAAAACCUACUACUACCCCAACAUCUACUACAACUACUUCAACAUCUAAACCUACCACUUCCCCAACAACAACUCCUACCACUACCCCAACAACAGCUCCUACCACUACCCUAACAACAAAACCUACAGCUACUACAGCUACUUCAACAACAUCUCUUACCAGUAACCCAACAACAAAACCUACCACCACCCCAACAACUAUUACAACUACUUCAACAACAAAACCUACCACUACCCCAACAUCUACUACAACUACUUCAACAACUAAACCUACCACUACCCCAACAUCAAAACCUACCACUACCCCAACAUCUACUACAACUACUUCAACAACUAAACCUACCACUACCCCAACAUCAAAACCUACCACUACCCCAACAUCUACUACAACUACUUCAACAACUAAACCU